AUGGAGACGCCAAAGAUUUACAUAAUCGGUGGAGGUGCCCUCUUGCUUAUCGGGAUAAUCCUCUUCGCUAUGUCUUUCGACUCAAUUGAGCCAACUGAAUGGGGACUGUGCUAUAACACCUGGACAAAAACAGUAUACACGGACGAAAUUUAUGAAGGAGGCAGAUAUGUGAUUGGCUUCCAAAACUCUUUUAUAGCCUUCCCAAGGAAUUUAAGGACUAUUGAGUUCUCAGAGUCAAGUCAUGCACAAGGAAGCUUACUUAAGACGAGGACUAAAGAAGGGCUUUCACUUGGUCUUGAGCUAUCUUUUCAAUAUGAGUUAAUCAGAGGAAAAAUACCAAAGCUCUAUGAAAUUUCUAAUGUGAAUUUUGAGCAGACUUUUAUUAGAAUUGCGAGGGAUACUAUUUUGCAGGAAGCAGGGAAUUAUCAAGCCCCGGAGUAUUGGAAUAACAGGACUGAGAUUGGAAAGAAAAUGCAGGAAAAAUUAGAUGAAGCAUUGGUAAGUGCUUAUGCAUAUUUAUGUAAAAUUAUGGCGGAUUUUAAAUUUUUAUUUUAUAAUGAUAUAAGUUAUGCACCCUUAUAGACAGGUCUAGUAACCGUUUUUAGGACUGUAGGCUAAAGUUUGCAGUCGGAGUUGAAAGUUUGCCAAAAUUGAUAUGGUUUGUGCCCCAUUUAACGGUUAUACUUUGUGUGGAAACCGACAUUUUAGACCCAAAAUCUAUGGCUUAAGCCUGAGGGUAGCUAUCUCUGGUGGAAAUGUUGACAUACCCAGGAAGAUUCGUUAGCAGCUGAAUAAGUCUUCUACAAAGACUCGUCUCAGGCGAGACGUAAAAAGAGGAAGAGCCCUAAUCUAUAUUUUAAAUGUUAAAAUUAUAUUAAAUAUAGCGCUUUCCCGAGGAUGGCGCGGAAUGGCGCCAUCCUCGGGAAAGUCAACUAAGCAUCCACACGGGAACUGGGAGUUCCACGUGUGGAUGCCAUUUUUGACAUGUGGGAUCCAAACUUCCACAUGUCAAAAUGGCAUCCACACGUGGAACUCCAGUUCCCGUGUGGAUGCCUUCCUGCUUUCCCGAGGAUGGCGCCAUUCCGCGCCAUCCUCGGGAAAGCGCUAUAUGCACAUUGCAGAAAUUUACAACUGAUGAAAAUUAUUUUACCUGACAGCUACGAAGAAAGCAUUGUGGAGACUCAAGUUGAGGUCCAAAAAACAACGAUGAAAGGCUUUGAACAGCAAGCUGAAGUUGUCAGGCAAAAAUCAUUAGUCCUUCAGUCAGAAUGUGACCAAAAUAUCACUAUUAUUGAGUCAAGCGCCAAUGCUCAAGCUUAUUUUCUAAAAGAACUUGCUAAAUCAAUCUCAAGCUCCAAUACACUGUAUAUGCAGUCUUAUGUCUACUCGCAAGCUAUUGACUUAUUGCAGCUAUCCCAAGAAGAGCUGAGUGAGUAUUUAUUCUUGAGAUCAGUCAAAGAUAAACCAGACGCUACAAUUGUUGUGGGAAUUGAUAGUGCAAUGAUCCAAGUGAAAGGCUAA